UUUUUUCAGGUGAAACCAGCCCGGACAGAAAAUACAGCCAGAGAUGCGAAGUGGGCCUUAGAAAGCGACACCAGAAAGAAUUACUAGCCAGCAGGGAGUCCUUUUGACACGCUCCGCUGGUCGUGUGAGGGCUCGCCCUGGCAUUAGUCACGAUUUCUCGACCACGACCACUCGCCACAGUCUGCGUCUCCAGUAGAUUACACACCGCCCUCGGCCGCUGCCACCUAUAACAGCGGCCGACCUUGCUCUGUGCGCCCACAGAGUUUUCUGAAGUCACCCAGCGUAGUUCUGUCGGCGUUCGAGGCGUCGCGAUCUAUCAUCUGUCAUCAGCAAGUCAGCGGAAUCGUGUUACUUUUGUGUGUGUGAUCAGCGUCUGUGGCAGUGAGAAAAGCCUUGAAAGGGAAACUCUUCGCCAAGGAAAGGAGUUCGAACCUCGAAACGUGCGUGUGUGUCCCGGACAAGAGCGGGGAACGUUACACGCAGACUGUGUGAAGCGUGUGAGCGACAUCUGUGUUAGUAUCAAGCUAUCACGGCUUUCUGAGAACUGCUCAUAACCAAACACUCGGAACUGUCACGCUGGUGUCUACAGCGGUAGCAGAGGAAAAUUUUGUAACAGCAAGAAUGGAGUGGCGAUGUGGUAUUCAUGUAACAGUUCUGGUAUUAGUAGCGUAUGCUAUUCUACCACAAGGCGAUUGUGUAAGGCGUAUGGAUCCUCCACGUUUUCUUGAAGAUACGAACCGCGAGGUGAAAGGCUACUUCCUGGCAAGAUCUGUGAACGACUCAGGAUUCCCUGAAGGCUCUCCAGAGUCAGUUUCUUCCGCAGAGACUGUCGUGGGAAGAAAAAAUUUGAUGGCCAAAGGGCAGUUUUGGUUGGAUUUAUUAAACACCAUGAAACUGACUGGGGAUGAGGGUGAUGCAGAUGUGGCAUCAAAGAACCUGGAAAGAAUUGGGAUGCCUCUCUAUUUGGAUGAGGGUAAUGCAACGUCAUCCAACAGUAUUUUUCUGGAGCCACUCAUUGCUAUUGAUGGUAACAAAACUGGUCUGUUGCUCUUGGUGAAAGAAGGAGGGCGUUACGUAACGGAUGAUACUGAGAUGUUUACUGGUGACACGAACCAAAGCAUAGACCCAGAAACUGGGCAUUUCGCUGAUCCUAUACUCAGCAGUGCAGCCCAAGCAACGACCAGCUCUACUACCCAAUUGCAACCAGCUGCUGAUGACGGUGAAGUGCCUACGGAUGAAACAGCCACAACUCUCACUGGCAGAAUACCUGAGAAGGUCACAUCACCAACUCCCGAAUUUGCUGAAAAAUUCACUCCACUCAUGUACCGCAGUCCAAAUGGGGUUGUGAUCCCAGCAUUGGAGAACAAACAGUUGACACUGAAACAAAGUAACCGUGCCGAUCGAGUGAAGAGAAAUGCCGUCGUUCAAGAUGUGUCUCCGGACGUGUGGUCUGCUGUACAUAAACCGUCAGAAGAAUAUCAAGCCAGAUAUGUGAACAGUGAUUUCAGGAACAUUUUUCCACUUUCAGAAGGGCAAAGGCAGUCGGUAGAUGGAGUCCAAGAGGAUAAUGGAGCUGCAUCUGGGCUCAGACAGACAUCAGAAAAUUAUAGAAGCGUUCCAUAUUCUCUGGUUCACAGACUGGGACCUCAAGGAGCAGAUAAUGUGGUCCAUUACACAACAAUGACGAAAGGAGUCGGAGGUAUGGCCAAUCCAGAACAAGAAGCUAACCAAACGCAUCCUGGACAACAUCACCACUACCAGCAUGAUUCAAUGGACAACUCUCGUGGAGACCAGACAGACUUGGAGGAGCAUUUGCCUGCAGUGCAUAAGAUUCCAGCUGAAGAAGUCAGGGAUGGAAAACGCACUCUGGAAGACCAGGACCAUCCUCUUAGAGGCACUGAAGCAGCUGCUUCGAGCCGAUUCGUUCUUCAGAUUCCAAAUACCAACAAAGAACACCUCCAUUACCAUGAAUACCAAAGUGGAGGACCAGUAACUCUGGAGGUGUUGAACGGUGCUCCUAGUAAUGAGGACAUCGGUCACACGACCAGAUUUCACUGGGCAAGUCGGCAGUUUGUGUCACUGUACGAUGAUGAUGACCUUGAGAAUGGUGGUAGGAAUAGAAGUAGCCUUCCAGUAGAAACUGAGGAUCUGCCAGCCAGGAGAGUAGCAAGACGAAUUUGGGCGCCGUCGCUAAGGUCUUCACAAAAGGCUGGCGUUCGUAGAGACGACGAAGUGGCGGAUCUAGGGGAGCAGUCGAGUGGUCUCGAACAGAGACCCGCGGACACGCUCCACAACGAAGUGGACGAAGACAAGCUCAAGACUGCAGCAGACGGAUCUAGCGUCCAGAGGAGCGUGAUGGAGGUGCUGCUGGAACGGCUGGAGCGGUGCCUGCGCUCCGAGGCAAUGUCCGUGCUGGACAGCCUGGAGGCUGCUGACGUGGCGACCAUCUGGCCAGGCGUCGAGCUGGUCAGGGUGGACGGCCGACCCACUCAGCGGACCAGCGGGAAGGGACACAGCAGCGACAGCACGCUAGGCAAAGACGAAGAUGACAGGUGGGCGGCAAUUGCUGUCGACAAGUUGGCAGCCCUGCUGAGGUCGCACGCCAUCAGGCUGCGUCUGCCAUCGACUGCAGACGACGAGCGCGAAGAAGGUCGCCGCAUACGCUACCGGCACCAGUACAAGCACAUGUUCCCGCUGGUGGUGAUGGGCUACAUGGUGAUGUCGUCAUUCCUGGUUCCGCUGGGGUUCCAGCUGAUGGCCGUGCUGUCAGGGAAGGCGCUUCUCCUCAGCAAGAUGGCGCUCGCCGUGGCUGGGAUGGCUGGCUUCAAGAGGCUGUUCCUGGGUGGAUUGGGUCCAGAGUACCCAGUAGCACCACCAGUGCUGCACCACGAGACAUACCCGAUCUACCACGAGCACCACGCCGCCUUUGCCAAGUAGUUGCUGCUCAGGGCACGUGGCUUGUGUCUGAACGACCUCACUGUAUGGGACAAGGAGACCAUUAGGCUGAAGAGACUGGGUUGCAAGUUACCUCACCAGGGUGAUGCUGAGAACGUUGUGCUGGAUGUCUACAAGCACCAGGAAGUUGAAAAUUUAUUAUAAACUGAACUAUUUUUCAGCUUUAGCCUGAUAUCUGGACCACUUGGCCCAAACGGUAUAUGGAUUAAUAAAUGUUGGCUCUACCUCAACCUCAA